AUGAAGGAUUUAAGCACGCCUUCUGAAACGCUCGCUGCAUUCGUCAGGAAUGGAAGGGUGUUGAUCGCACAAGAAGAUUCGUUAGCACGAUUCUUCCCAACUUGGACUUGGAAGACACUAGAUCCACCUCCAAGUCGUGAACGAGAUGUAGAUCCUGAUACGUUGGGACCACAGGAGAUUGUUAAAACGAUCUCUGAGGUAUCAUUAGGACUAUUGCAACUUGGAUCUGCAUUAUCGUCUUUGCCAAAAGCGGAGCUGAAAGCUGCAUUUGAUGAAUUUUUGGAUCGUUUUGGUGACUACGUACCGCGAAACACACUUGUGACUGCCUUGUCUGGUUGUGAUAGCAUCACUCCUAUAUCCGAGUGGCUGGAAGGGAUGGGAUCUGUUGAUCUAGAAGGAGAAAGAGUAUAUCCGGCUCCUGGACCUCUUCUCUGGUAG